AUGCUCAUUCACAAUGAGACCCAAUUUCACCCCUCCUCCUUCUUUCUGCUGGGGAUCCCAGGACUAGAAAGUCUUCAUAUCUGGAUGGGCUUUCCCUUCUGUGCUGUGUACAUGAUUGCAUUCAUGGGGAACUUCACUCUGUUGUGGGUGAUCAAGGCUGAGAGCAGUCUACAUCAGCCCAUGUUCUACUUCCUGGCCAUGUUGGCCACCAUUGACUUAGGCCUUUCCACAGCUACCAUCCCUAAGAUGCUUGGAAUCUUCUGGAUUAAUCUCAGAGAGAUUCUCUUUAAAGAUUGCCUCACCCAAAUGUUUUUCAUCCACAAAUUCACACUUAUGGAAUCAGCUGUCCUUCUGGCAAUGGCUUAUGACCGCUACGUUGCCAUCUGCAACCCUUUGCAAUACAGUACCAUCCUCACCAACAGGGUUGUUUCUGGGAUUGGUGUUGGUGUGUUAGUGAGGGCAAUUAUAUUUGUCACUCCAUUUGUAUUUCUGAUUUUGAGAUUGCCCUUCUGUGGGCAUCAUGUCAUUCCCCAUACCUACUGUGAACACAUGGGACUUGCCCGACUAUCCUGUGCCAAUAUCAAGGUCAAUAUUGUUUAUGGCUUAUGUGCCAUAGGCAAUAUGGUGUUUGACAUCAUAGCCAUUGCACUUUCUUACAUCCAGAUACUUCGUAUUGUGUUCCAGCUCCCAUCUCAAGAAGCCCGCCUCAAGUCCCUGAGCACGUGUGGCUCUCAUGUUUGUGUCAUCCUUGCCUUCUACACGCCAGCCCUGUUCUCCUUCAUGACCCAUCGCUUUGGUCGCAAUGUCCCCCGCUAUAUCCAUAUACUCCUGGCCAAUCUUUAUGUUGUGGUUCCACCAAUGCUCAGUCCUGUCAUAUAUGGGGUCAGAACCAAGCAGAUAUAUGACAACGUGAAGAAGAUUGUAUUGAAUAUGCAAGGAAAGGGGAAAGAAUAG